AUGCCUACCGUCUCUUUUUGGAAGCUCACCUUCCAAUUGAUAGUCAUGGCAUUGGCUUCAGCCUAUGCCCAUGAUGCUCGAGCAGACACCGAUUUGCUCAGCACUCGUCAGCAGGGGAGCUUUGUCCGGUACUCUGGCUGCUUUGCAACCAUAAACUGGCAAUCCUCCCCCACCUCGUUCAACCUCACCGUCGCCUUUUCCAGGCGUCCGGACAAUGGGAUCAUCCCCUGCUCGGCAGCCUGCUCAACAUCGCGGCAUUUUAUUCUGUGGGAUCAGCAAUGUUUCUGCGCCCCCUCGAUAACAAUCAACACCACCACGGGGUACAUCCCCCAGCUAUCCGAAUGGGAAGCCACUGAAGGCGACUGCUGGCGCCUUUGCCGCGACGAACCAGGCGUGACAUGCGGCGGCUCGGCCCGCGCUGCGUUCUACGAGCACACCGACCCCCCCACUGUUCAAAACCCUGGCAUCGAACCCGUCCAGGGUUUCCACUGGUGGGGGUGUUUCGCCGAUUUCACACCUGAUCGUGUUCUUAGACGGUUUGCUGGUGCGAGUAACGAUAUGACGCCUACGAAAUGUGCGGGGAUGUGCGGGGCUGAGGCGAGGUGGGUGGGUGUGGAGUAUGGGAGGGAGUGCUUUUGUGGUGCGACGAUUGACAAUAGCUACAAGACGUUUGGGAGGAGGUGCGGGAGGGUUUGCGAGGGGGACGGGAGGUGGUUUUGUGGUGGGGAGGGGCAUUUGACGGUUUAUGAGAGGGAUGGGGCUAGGGGGGAUGGGGAUCCGGUUGGGGGGUAUGGUUAUCUUGGGUGGUGA